AUGUCGGGCGUCGUCGCAUCGCAAGUCGUGCAUUCUAACGCGCCAAGCCUCCUACUACUAGUAUGGUUACACGGAUUCAAAGGUGGCGACGAUACUUUCGAGUCGUUUCCGGAACGGUUGACCUUCCUGUUGUCCGAGACCUGGCCCAAAACUAAAUGCACUUCAAUCAUCUAUCCUGCAUACGAUACACGAGGAUCCCUGUCAAAAGCAUCCGAGGUCUUUUUGGAUUGGUUGACCGUCAAAACAACGGAGUAUGAAACCGCACACGAGAAAACCUCGCCAGGCAAGAGCAAAGCAGAUGCGGGACGAGAGCAAGCGUAUGUCAUUUUAUUGGGCCACAGUAUGGGUGGAUUGGUAAUAGCUGAUGCAACGUUGAAGCUUAUUCGUGAACGAGAUUCUCAAACGGAUCUACAAGAGUCGAUCAUCUGGCCUGGAAUCAUUGGAUUGAUUGGCUACGAUACGCCUUAUUAUGGCCUCAAUCCGACUUUCUUUGCCAAUACUGCUAACGAAUACCUGGGACAUGCAAAGAUGGCCCAGCAAGUCAUGAACAAUCUUGGCCUGGGGCUUGCACUCGGUAUGGGGGCUGUCGGUUCAAGCUCGACCAGUGGACCUGCAACUCCCAAAAACGAAAAAUUACCUCCUGAAACGGAAAAGAAAAACCAAAACCAAAAAACGCAAACACCGCCCACAAGCGCAGGUAGUAAUUGGAUGAAACUCGGUCUAGCCGCUGUUGGUGUUGCCGGUCUAGCCGCUGCGGCUGGAACGACUUACUGGCAGAAGGACAAGAUUACAGAAAAUGUGGGCUGGGCAGCCAGUCAUCUAGAUUAUAUCAAAGAGUUGUUUGAAACUGAUCGACUGAAUCAAAGAAUGUCAGACAUUAUCAAAAUCAAACCCGCCGUAAAUUUUCAUUGUUUUUACACCGAAAUCCCCAAAGUGGAUUCCCAUUCGAGUGAUCGGCAUUUCAUAAUAUUGCCAACCUCCAAGACCCAGCCUAGAGGUAUUGAUGCUAGCUUCUCCGCGAACCGGAACCAAAAAUCACCCAAUGAGAUUAAUGCUCAUACAACGAUGUUUAAUCAGAAUUCGAACUCAGGGUAUUGGAAUCUUGGCAAGGACAGCGCCCGAUUGAUCUCAGAGUGGCUACAAGAAUCUCAUCAACGUCGGACUAAUUUGGUCCGAACCCCAGAUGAUCAUGUCCUUGAUCAAUCGUCGAGGUUCACCCAAAAUGCCGAGAAUCGCGAUCAAUUGACCCAAGAUGCCAGGGUGAAAUUGGAAGAUGAAAUUGGAGACCAAGGGCUACGAGAUGAACUGUGA